UUCCUGACCGACCUAACCAAAUUUUCCUCCUAUGGUAGCCUGGAGUAUACAUUCAUAUUAUACACGUACACAAGUACCCUUCAUCCAUAAUUUCACGUCGUAUAUAUAGUUUCAAAGCUAGCUAGCAACUUCAAGCAGAUGAUAUCAAGGCUUUAGCUAGCUGUUAAUUUCUUGGAUCAGCAGUAUGGGUGGUUAUUUCCGCAGUUACGAUAUACGCUGGCAAGCAAGGUGCAUGCUGAAGAUCAAGUCGUUAGUACUGUUACUAUGUGGCCUCCUCGAAUUUCUUCUCAAGAAGAUCGACUACUGUCCAGAAUUAUUCUUUAACCAAACUGUAGGUGAUCAACAAAAUGAGGAGGAUUGUGAUCAUCAGCUUGAGGUCCUCAACUUUGAAGCUGCAACAAUUCCAGAUACUACUUGGUUGCGCUUUCUGCAAGUACCAGCAGUUCCGGUGGUGAUUGACACAGAAUCGAUUAAGAAGCAACUACCGGUUGUGCAAUUCCAGGAGCUAUAUCUGAAGCAACGCCAACUGCAAGCUACAUCAUCAUCUUCCUCAGAGGAGAAAACGCACAUAUCAUCAUGUAUUAUGUGUAUGAACAGCAUAGAGGGCAGGGACGAGAUCAGAGAGCUAUGCAAUUGCCAGCAUGUUUUCCACAAAGAAUGCCUGGAUGCUUGGAUCGAUCAGGCACAGUUAACUUGUCCUCUGUGUAGAUCUGAGCUCUUAGUACCAGUUACUACUUCAGCUAUUAGUUUGAAGCAUGAUAAAGAUGGAGGAAGUGAUCCAUGGAGGGCCGAGAGGAUGAUUUACUUAUUUGGUGAAGAUAUUUGCUUCACGAGCUAGAAUGUAUUUCUUGUAUAUAAUCUGCGAAACACACAGCUCAAUAUGUCUAA